AUGUUUAAGUUAACUCUCAUAGGCAAAAUCACGUUUAUUUCUAUCAUAUUGCAAGCGAUAAUAAUCACCGUCUUGGAAGCUUUUGUUAUUUAUUUUCAUGUUAAUUUUGUUAAACAAUAUCAAUUGACUCCACAAGGUGAUGGAAUAUCUGAGGCAGACUUAAUUUACCAUGCAAUAUUUAUCCUCUCGCUAUUCUUCCAAAUACUUUUAGCAGCUGAUGCUCUCUGGCAUCGCAAUACUGUUCAGAUAAUAGCCCUUGUCAUGUUCAAUUUUCUUUCAUUAAUUUAUGCGGGAAUACAACUUUAUCAACACCAAAUCCUUGAGGACAAGGGAACUAUAGACGCAACUUAUAAACCAGAUGCGGCCACUCGAACAUACUAUUAUUGGGAUAAUAUCAGGAUUUUCAGUAUAUUUGGCAUUCAUGUCUUACUUCUCUCCAAAGAAUUUGGUUGGGAAAACUAUAAAACUUAUUCUGCUGAUCUUCUGCUUAUACCUUCUCGACAAAUUGGUUAUUCAGAUAGUAUUAUAGAAGUUGUUCUUGUCUUUUGUUUUGGCACUCUCAUGUUGCUGCUUGCUUGGUUCUCAGUCACUAUGGAAAUGAAAUAUCUCUUAUUAUCGGUGAUCAAUAUAUAUUCUAUCUCAUUGAUUUAUUGGGUAUAUCGACUGGUAACAGUUAACCUUAAAACUUUAAAAAAUGGACAAGAUCCAUAUCAAUUCACUCGACAGUUCCUAAGCUUCUUUUUAGCUACAACAUUAGCACUUGUGGUAUUUACUGUAUUUUAUUCCGUCAUUUGUUUUCGAAACAUGAUGCGUGGAAUUUAUGUACUUACAGUAUUUGGACGGCCUGAAAAUGAAGCCGAAGGUAGAAGUCCAUAUUUAGACACAGACAAUUUAUCAACUACAUCGUCUAAAUUUAUGUCAAAGAGACAAAGUGCAAUUAUUCAACAACAGCUAUUACGAGCACAAGAACCCAAA